AGCAUACAGAACAAUCUGGAUCGCACAAAGACGACUCAGUUCCCCGGGCUACCCCGUGCAAUCUGCAACAGGCGUGGCGCACGUCCAACUACCUACCUUUCUUCUCGCCAGCACUAGUACCUCCACAGGAAAUUGAGGUGAAGCCUGACAGUGGUAAGCCCAUACGGUACCUAUCUAUCGGCCAGGCCGUCUUUCAUCCUUUCUCGUUCUUAUGGGUGUGUAUACUUACGAAUACUUGCCGGCUUCUGGUUUCCAUCUCUUCUUCUCAUUCUACGCACCAUUCUCCCACCUGUCAGCGCCAACCUCACGAUCUGGCUUCCAUUGUUGUUCUUUUCAACGGCCGUCAACUUGUUUCGUAUUGACCUCUCACAGAUCUGAGAAACAGUAAAGUACCUAACUGGGGGAGUGUAAUGCCUAAGUUGGUGAAUCUUGCAGAGGCGGCUUUCCCGUUCCCCGAGACCCAAGAAAUACCUGGACACAAGUACAAGAACGUACCGCACUCGGUACCUUCCAGUACCAGAGGGAAAGGACCGGGACUUUUCUGUGCCCUUCCCAUCGCCAGCUUGAGAUUUACCGUACAUCAACAUUACUCGAAACCCUCGCCCAACAACAACAAAAGACUAGUCGCCGCCAAUCACCACACAAACCCGAGGCUCGCACUUGGCUGGGGAUCUGCACUGUCGCCUUUUACUUUUUUCUUUCCCUUUCUUUAUUGACUCGCGCUCCCACACCCGGGCACACACCAGGACACCACAGGGCACCACGGCACCCACAGCUCGACGGGCAGAUGCUCACUUGCCCAUUAGGCACCGCACGAGAAUACCUAACUUACGCCUCUGCCCAACUGCUCCAAGGUCAUCGGACCUAUCUGCCAACUUGGAUCUCCUCCAUUAAUCUCUGUCUCCGUGUUACCGUCACCGUCCUCACCCUCAUCUUCCACCUCUAUCCGAACUUCGAAAAGAAAUCUAACACGGAAAGACUCCCUGGGUGGCGGCGCGUUCUGCCCGGUAGUGUGUCCACCACCCUAUUUCCCGCAGACGAAUCCAGCCCCGAUCCGGUAACCCCAGGAAGCCGAUCCCUCUUCCCAGCACCCAAGGAGGACGGACCCUUGAAAAUCCAUAGAGAAAAAGGGCCAGCCGGGGGGGACGAACACCCUUCGACCCUGACAUUUCGAAGCCCCUAGGCCUGAAUAGGUCGUCUCCAGCAACCCCCAAACAAACCGUCCCCAGGACCCUCACCAACUCUUCCUUUCGCGGCUUGCUCGCCCUGCCUUUCAGUCCCCAAAGAGCCCCAGGAGCCACCGGCCGACUUCCGUGGUUCAGCUUUCCACUGCCGCCCUCCGCCUGCACUGCAACUCAACCCCGUCCACGGCUGCUGCAGCCCAUCUCGCUCUCUGUCUCAAUAUCUUUGAACCACGCCCGAAAAUCUCCAAAAACUUCCGCCCAACCGUCUCCUUACUGGCCGCCACCUGCUAAUCCACCCAUUGUCCACCCUGCAGUGGCUCCAAGCCUUUAGCUGGGAAGUCCGAGACAUUCCCGUCCUGCGAGUGUACAACUUCCCGGCGCGCCAGAUAGAGUCAGGUUUAGGAAGGGGGAAAAGAAGCAAAAAAGGGAGAAGAAGCUAGGACUCAAGGUAUGGAACCGAGACAGGACCCUCCGUACUUCCUCGAACCACCUACCUAUUUCCCUCUCUUAUCUAUUCCCUUUAAACCCUUCAAGCCUCCCACUGACCAUGUGAUGAUCCCUAGGUAUUCGUGCUGUGUUCGCUUCCCCACGAAUCCGUUUCGACCUCCCCUUUCUCUUCCACGUCCCCGGAUCCUUCCUUGUCGUCCCGCCUGCAAGGCCAGCUAGAGAAGAUACAACUCGAGCUCUGAUUCUACCUGGUCUCUGGGCGACUGCCGCCAACGUCGACGUACGCAUCUACAGCAUGUCUGCACGCAUCCAAAACUUCUCCGAUUGGGCUCCGGCCCAGGAGGCUAUCUACGACGAGCCCUCCACUUCCGCCAUUCAGGAAGAUGCUUUUGAUGGGAACGCCAACGCCAGACCUUCUUUCCAGCAACAUCGCCUUCGUAGCAUGAGUCUCUCCCUUCCAUGGCGCCGCAAAUCCUCCAUCUUCCACAUCGAACCCGAACUGUCGAGCCAUCUCGAAGAACUCUCCCUCGAGCGAUCUCGAAGCCACGCCGGCCCUAGCAACGAGAACACUGAGAAGCACGGUCACGGAACACCCGCGGGAGGCAACGGCGGCAAUACCAAUGGCAGCAUCAAGGGCAUGUUCCGUAGGGCGUCCAUAUCGUUGAAGGGCAUUGUUCACCAUCACAAGAGACAUUCGAUCGGGGGUGCUCAUGGCUUGGAGGAGCCUCAGCAUUACGCCCGUCCCGGCACUGCUCACGCCAACUCCCACUGGCACCGCCUUCGCCAGGCAACGAGCUUCCGACACUCCAAGACGUCCCAUGGCCCCGACUCACAAAGCGAUGCCUCCGCGUCUGAUCACUGCUUUCCCUGCCUGCCACUCCCUGGAAGCGGAAGCGCGCCGCCCGUCAUCCCUUUCCACACAGGCGCCGCUGCCAAGGCUUCUGCCGCUGCCUCAAACCAGGCUUUCCAAAACAAAUGGCUUCGCGCUUCCUCCGAUGACUUCACUGAUCGCGAGAGCGGCAUCGGCAUUACUGUCACUGGCGCUGAGUCGGACGUCGAUGUGGAGGUGGAGAUCCAGGACGCCAACAUCAGCCGAAUCAACUUUAUUGCGCAGCUCCCUGUUGAGUUGGCGAUCCAGGUUCUCGCUCAUUUGGAUGCCACGGCUCUUGGCGCUGCGAGCAGAGUUUCGCGGGAAUGGCAGCAGAUGGUCAAGAACCAACACGUCUGGAGAGAGUCAUUCUUGCGCGAGAAAACUGGAACCUACGCUACCAGUCUCCCCGUUCAACCUGGCACAGGACAGGGCGUCCCGCCCAUCAACCCAGACGUGAACUGGAAGCAGAUCUACAAGGCCAAGGAGGAGCUCGACCAGCGAUGGAAGGAGGGCAAGGCCAAGCCCGUCUAUCUGAAUGGGCACCUGGACAGUAUCUACUGCCUUCAGUUUGACGAAACGAAGAUCAUCACCGGUUCUCGCGACAAGACCAUUCGAGUCUGGGACAUGCGGACAUUCGAGUGUCGUCUGGUCAUCGGCCCGCCCGAGGUCGUCAACGACGUCUCUCUGCUUCUCGAUGACGAAGGACAGCCGGUCCAUUAUGCAACUCUCCCUGAUAACCAGCGGGCGAAUCCUUCGAUGCCUGCCAUGGUCUCCUUUCCCACUCACCACAAGGCAUCGAUUCUUUGUCUGCAAUACGAUGAUCGCAUGCUCGUCACCGGUUCGUCCGACGCGAGCUGCAUUGUGUACAACGUUCGCUCGGGCUACAGACCAAUCCGCCGUCUUCAGCAUCACACUGCCGCCGUAUUGGAUCUCGCUUUUGAUGACAAGCACAUCAUCACGUGCAGCAAGGACAUUAGCAUCUGCGUUUGGGACCGAGCGACCGGCACUCUCCUCCGUCAGCUUCGAGGGCAUUCCGGUCCAGUGAAUGCCGUCCAGAUGCGCGGCAAUACCAUUGUCUCUUGUUCGGGCGACUUCCGCGUCAAGCUCUGGAACAUUGACACUGGCAAAAACAUUCGAGAGUUCCAGGGUCACACCAAGGGCCUGGCGUGUUCUCAGUUCUCCGAAGACGGCCGCUACGUCGCCUCGGCUGGCAAUGACAAAGUCAUUCGCAUUUGGGACGCUAACACGGGCGAGUGUCUUCGCGAGAUGAAGGCCCACGAUAACCUCGUGCGCAGCCUGCAUAUCGACUCGGUCAGCGGGCGUCUUGUCAGCGGCAGCUACGACACUGACAUUAAGGUCUUUGACAUGGAGACUGGUCGCCAGUUGCUCGACUUCCCACGAUGGCACGCUAGUUGGGUGCUGAGCGCGAAGAGCGACUAUCGGCGAAUCGUCAGCACCGGACAGGAUCCCAAGAUCCUCAUCAUGGAUUUUGGUGCCGACGUCGCCGGCAUCGAGGCACUUGAGAGCAGCGGCGGUACCUGCGAGAUAGAGGGCGGAUACAUAUAGAGGGCACGAAAGACGCAUACAACCUACAUAAUACCCUAAUACCGAGAGCGGCAAGGCUGGACCGCCCUCACUGACGACUUUUCUUCUUCAUCUUUUUUUCUCGGCCAUCACGACUCGGUGGCGAUCCGGCGUAGUAGACGGUAUACGAAAACAAAAGAGAUGAGGCGAUUUCUGGAAAGAACAGAACCCUCACGGAGGCGUAUCGGAUGAUGAUGGAUACUCAUCCACUUGCAUUGGGAUUGCGGGUGUCUGGUCAAGAUUUGGUUUCUUUUCGUUCGGGUUGGGAUCCGUUCAAACAUUGGGACCGGACUUUGUUUCUUUCGUUUUGCAUGGC